CCUCAUGAUGAUGUAGCUGAUGUUGUUAAAGAUCUAGAAGAAGAGGCUCAUAUUUUUAACAACAUGAAUGUGGAGAUUUUUGAUAAAGUUGUUCAUGCAGCUGUUGGUGAUUUGGCAAAAAAAAAGGUAACUAAACAAGGCAGAUAUUGUAUUUUUUUUUUCUUUUUGCAAUAUUUUCCAAUAGUUGUAUUAUUGAGUUUUUCAUAUUAUUUUUGUUUCUAGGAAGUUGUUAUGGCAACACCCAUUGCUGGUUCUUUGAUGAAUCCAGUAGUUGUGUCUACUCCUGUUGUUGGCAAAAGGAAUCCAAAGCCUACUACAGUUUUGCAAUCUCCUUUUGUGAACCAAUUUGGAUCAUCUUCUUCUGAGGAUAUGAAACAUUUGGAGGUUGUGAAGUCUAAAAGGAAGGUUGUGGGACAAUAUGCUUUUGGAGACAAUCUUUUUGAUCUGCCUAAUCAAAUUGACCAAGACUCUUUUAACAAGUGGUUUUCUCUGGGGCUGAGAAAAAAUAAUAAGUAUAAGAAAUUUGAUGAUAAUAAUAGUAUCAUUAAGGAGCCAUUUCAGUUUUGUGUAACUGAGAUUGAGAGAAAAAUUUGGUUUUAUGAUUUAGUUAAAGAUGGGAGGGAUUUGGACAAUGAGCAUAUUAAUGUGGCAUUUUAUUACCUUAGAAAAAAAGCCAAGUAUUGUGAGUUGAUAAAGGUUAGAGUUACUACUACAGAUAACUCUUUUGAUCAAGUUAUCACUGCUCUGUAUGAUGUGUAUCUGUCAAGUGACUGUGAUCGAUCUGUUAUAUCGAAUAACAGUGUUAUUUUUGAGUAUAUUUGCGGUUAUAAAAUGCUUUGUAACACCCCUUGGUCGCUAGUAGAUUUCGUUUUAUUCCCUAUUAAUAUGACUGCUGUUGGCUGUAAUCAUUGGAUUCUUGGGGAGUUCAACGUGAAGGAGAGAUUUUUUAAAGUCUACAACUCAAUGAGGAAUAGAGUUAUGGAUAAGAAAGUGUUGAAAGUUGUUGAAGCAUAUUCUACUUUGUUGCCCUUGUUUCUUUCUUUAAAUAAUUUUUAUGAGUCAAGGGAAGAUAUUGAUCUAAAUGCACAAGCAUUCAAGGGCAUUGAUAUGUGUCACCCGUUGGACAUUGUGUUUGAUGAUGAGGUUCCACAACAGAUUAACAAGUAAGUGGUUAUUUUUUUAGUUAUUGUUAUUUUUUGGUUGCAUGAUUUUGUUUAUAUGCAUUUAUGUGUUACUGAUUUUGAGUUUUUUUUUUGUAGCGAUUGUGGGAUUUUUAUCAUAAAGUUUGCUGAAUUUCUUAUGCAUGGACUUAUUGAAAAUAUCCCCAAUCCUCUGAAUGUUAGUUUCUAGAGAAACAAAAUUCCAGUCGAGCUAUAUGUCCAUGCUAAAAGAAAGAAAGAUGAAGGCUAUCUUUCUGAUGGGGAGUUCAGAGGAAGAAUGAGCAAGAAGAUGUUGAAUAUUAAUGCAAUGGAAGUAUGAGAGCAUCAAAGUAGUUAACAUUUUGGCUUUUAUCUUGUAAAGA